AUGCCCUUCAACGCCCAUGAAAUGCUGCAGGACGUCGCUAUGCCUCACUUUGGAACGAAUGUCACUGCAAUUUCGCCCGAAAUCGGACGGCGGAAUGCUGGAUUGACUGUCCAAGGGCUGGAUACUUCGCCAUGGGUUUUGCGCACAACAACGAACCAUUUCCGCAAGGACUGGCAGAGCCGUGUCCGCACUUGGUUCGACCAACCCGGCCGCAAGCUCCGCCGCCGCCAAGCCCGCAAGACCAAGGCAGCAGCCCUCGGCGUUCGCCCUCUCACACUACUUCGUCCCGCUGUCCGUGCCCAGACUGUUCGUUACAACAGGAAAGUCCGCCUAGGCCGUGGAUUCACCCUGGGCGAACUCAAAGAGGCCGGCAUUGGAAGGAAGGAGGCUCGGGGAAUUGGUAUCGUUGUUGACCACCGGAGGAGAAAUUUGAGUGAGGAGGGUAAGGCGCUGAAUGUUGAGCGUCUGAAAGGGUACAAGGCACGGUUGAUCGUGUUCCCCCGUAAUGCCAAGAAGCCCAAGAAGGGCGACUCUACGGGUGAGGAGCUCAGCGCACCUACGACCCGCGCCAAUCUUCCUCUUCCCGAUCCUUACGUCCCUGAGGCUCCUCGAAAGAUUACGGAGGAGGAACGCGAGUUCCAAGCGUACCGUACGCUCCGCAACGAGCGCGCGUCGGCCCGAAACGAGGGCAAGCGCAAAGUCCGGGAGGCAAAGAAAGCGGAGGAGGAAGCCAACAAGAAGAAGUAA